AUGCCUGGCAGCACUGUUAGCACCGCUCCCCUCAACACCAAGCGCAAGAUUGUCUGUUUCUCGGACUUCGAUGGCACCAUCUUCAUGCAAGACACAGGUCACAUCCUGUUCAACGCCUUCGGUUGUGGUACUGAGCAGCGCGAACUCCUCGAUGCACAAAUCAAGUCCGGAGAGCGUUCCUUCCGCGAUGUCUCUGAAGAGAUGUGGGGAUCAUUGAACGUUCCCUUCGCCGACGGUUUCGAGGCCAUGAAAGAAGGUCUGGACAUCGACCCCGAGUUCAAGAACUUCCACCAGUUCUGCUUGAACAACAAGAUUCCUUUCAACGUCAUCUCUGCUGGCUUGAAGCCUGUCCUUCGCAGUGUUCUCGAUCACUUCUUGGGAGAGGAGGCAGCUUCCAACAUUGACAUCGUCGCCAACGAGGCUGAUAUCUCCGAGGAUGGUAGCUCAUGGAAGGUCAAGUGGCGCCACGACAACGAGCUCGGUCACGACAAGGAGCUCUCCAUCAACGAAUACAAGGAGGCCGCACAACUUGAAUCCGACGACGGCACCAUCCCCAUGAUCAUCUUCAUCGGUGACGGUGUCUCCGACUUGCCCGCCGCUCGCCACUCCGACGUCCUCUUCGCUCGCCGCGGUCUCCGUCUCGAGGAGUACUGCAUCGAAAACAAGAUUGCUUACAUUCCCUUCGACACCUUCGCCGACAUCCAGAAGGAGGUUAUCAAGAUUGCCAAGAUCGAUGAGGAGAAGACAAAGGGACAAGGCUUGCCCAGCAACUUCAACCCUCGCGCAAACAUGUGGCGUCGUGUCAGCUCCAAGAAGGCUAUUCCCACUUUUGCUGCCAUGACACCGCGCGACGAGCGUAUGUUCAUCUGGCCCGAGACUUUCUCCGAGGUCAAGGCCGCUCAAGUCAAGGCUUAG